UGGAAAGUGGCAAAGAUGAAUAUAAGCGCGGCCGAGGGAGAAUCGGCGCAAGAGAUUCAUAUCCCGGCCGAUAUAGAUUGGGAAAUGCUUGACAAAUCCAUUUUCUUGUUAGGCGCAGCUCUGUUCUCAGGUGUUUCAGCUACUCUUUACCCUGUAGUUUUGGUUAAAACAAGGCAACAAGUUGCUCAAACUCAACUCUCCGGUAUCCGAACGGCCUUUUCCAUAGUUAAACACGAAGGUUUCAGGGCCUUAUACCGCGGAUUCGGUACUUCUUUAACGGGAACAAUCCCGGCUCGAGCUCUUUACAUGGCAGCUCUUGAGGUUACCAAAAGCAAUGUAGGGAGUGCCACGGUUAAGCUUGGUGUUCCUGAACCAUCGGCUGCGGCCAUUGCUAAUGCUGUUGCUGGAUUAAGUGCUGCAAUGGCUGCGCAGCUUGUUUGGACCCCCAUUGACGUUGUUAGCCAGAGAUUAAUGGUUCAAGGAAGCCACCCAAGUUGUAGUUCACCUUGUAGAUAUGUAAAUGGGAUCGACGCGUUUAGGAAAAUUAUUAACACUGAUGGUCCAAAGGGAUUGUAUAGAGGUUUUGGGAUAUCAAUUAUAACGUAUGCCCCAUCUAAUGCAGUUUGGUGGGCAUCUUAUUCCGUCGCUCAAAGGUUUGUUUGGGGAGGCAUUGGAUGUUACUUUUGGAAAAAAGAUGAUGAGAGUAAUGAGAACGGGAGUAGUAAUAAUAAUACAAUUAGGCCUGAUUCGAAGACGGUUAUGGCAGUCCAGGGAGUCAGCGCAGCUUUGGCUGGGGGGGUAACGGCUUUGAUUACAAUGCCACUUGAUACAAUCAAGACUAGACUGCAGGUUUUGGAUGGGGAAGAGAAUGGAAGGCGUGGACCAACAAUUGCGCAAACUGUUAGGAAUUUGGUUAAAGAAGGUGGGUGGUUGGCUUGUUAUAGAGGGUUGGGGCCACGGUGGGCGUCCAUGUCAAUGUCUGCAACAACAAUGAUCACUACCUACGAGUUCCUGAAACGGCUCUCAGCCAAGAAUCAAGAGAGCUUGAUGUAGUGAAGAAGAAGAAGAAGAAGAAGAAGAAGAAGAAUAGUGGUUAACUAAAAGUAAAAAGAAUGGAAAAACGGAGGUUUUUUUCUUCCUGAUCUUUGUCUAAAUCAUCCUUUUAAUGUUUCUUUUCUUGUCUCUGUUGAAAUCUCUUUCUUUGCUUUCUUUCAAGUUAGCCUGCCUUACUGCCUGUCGAAGAAGGUUGGUGAAUGUAAUUUGGCUGCAGGUUUAUCUCAGUAUGAAAUAUAAAUCUCUUUCUUUGUUCUCACUA